AAGAAAACAGACUAUACUAACCAAAGCAGAGGAGCCAGUUGCGAUACUCGACGCGCGUGGACGGCAUCGCCGGUAAAUUUUGCACCAGAAGUCCGCGGAAUUUUUUAAUAAAAUAUAAUGAACGAUGAUUUUUUAAUUAAAUUUCACAUAAAAAAUGACUUCAAUAUUUAGUGUUUUUAUAUUAUUGUUGAUAUUGAAUAGUUAUUGCGCCAGUGGACGAUUAGUAAAGAAAACAGUAACAAUCGCCAAGUGUUGCCCUAUAAACGAAACCCUGACCUCCGACUAUAAAUGCAUCAAAAUUCAAAACUCUUCCUGGGAUUUGAGGGUUUACUUAAACGGCACCUUGACUCCAUUCAUUGGCCAUUUGCCUCAAAGAUGGACCAUAAAAGCGAACUUGCAACCUCAAUGUCUCAUGGACACAGUAAUCGAAGACAUUCAAGUAAAAAACUUCGUAGUACUAAUAAACGGUACCCUAUUAAGCUUGGUAUACGACAAACAAAUAGCACCUGACCAGUACUGUUUGGACUACAACUACGCGAUUUAUUGCCGUCCGAAUAUUUCCCCGGAAAGAAUAACUUCGGUUCUAGUGCACAAAUGUUGCGGCAAAGACGCGAUUUUCUCGGAAACGAAUUCCUCUUGCAUCAGCAUCAAAGAUCCAGGUUACAGCAUCGACGUCGGCCAGGAUAAGAGCCUCGGAGCCGGAUUUCCGAGCUGUGCGACUUCUUCGGAAGCGAAAAAAGACGGCGAUCGAGUCGUGGUCGGCAAGUUGCAUCAGGCGCAAUUAAUGAGUAACGGUAGCUUGUGGGUCAAUGCCAGCAAUUUACUUUUGCCAACCACUAGUUAUUGCUUGGAACAUAUUUUGGAUCAUGCGAAUGGUGCCAGUAUAAUAACCUGUAGAAAGUACCUACCCUUACAAAAGUUGGAGCCUUCCCUUAGGCUAUUAAUCUACCCUAUAGGACUGGCAAUCAGUGCUAUCUUUCUAGCUGCUACUUUGGCAGCAGGAUCGCUGUUACCAACAACCCAUCACGUGCUACAUUGGAGAUGCCAAACCAAUCAUGUUGCUUGUUUGCUGGUGGGCGACGUUCUUCUGUGUAUCACCCAAAUUGGUGGGUCGAAUUUCGACUAUUGGCCUUGUCUUAUCAUUGCCGUUGCGAUGCAUUUCCUGUUCCUGGCCGCAUUCUUUUGGCUAAACACCAUGUGCUUCAAUAUAUGGUGGACUUUUCGGGAUUUGAGACCACAAAGUGCUGAAAAAAGCCAGGAACGAAUUCGCUUAUACUUAUAUGAAGCCUACGCUUGGGGCCUGCCAUUUCUCAUAGUCUUUAUUGGAGCUGUAGGUGAUUUGGCAUCUAGCAAUUCUACUGAAGGCAGUUUUCUCAGGCCUAGAUUUGCUUCCAAUCAAUGCUGGUUUGGCGGAGACAAAGAAGUUCUGGUCUAUUUCUACGGUCCGAUGGGUCUUUUGUUGGGCAUCAAUUUGGUUCUUUUUGGUUUGACUGCCAGAGAACUUACGUGUGGACUGUGGAAACGUGAAUUGGUCAAGUCAACAACUGAAAGGGCUGCCUUAGGAAGAAUCUGCGCCAAACUCGUAGUGGUCAUGGGGGUCAGCUGGAUCAUGGACGUCAUUUCUUGGUUUGUAGGUGGACCUGAAUCCAUCUGGUAUUUUACCGAUGUCAUUAACUGCUUACAAGGCGUUUUCAUUUUUAUUGUUGUUGGAUGUCAACCACAGGUUUUAUCAGCUGUGAAACGUUCUUGGUGCCUGCUGAGAAACAGAGAAAAUGGUACCAACAACAGUACCCAUCGGGACCAUCAUUCGUCCAGCUCGCAAGGCAUGCCUUCCUACGGCGGCGACACCUUGACCAACAACAGUACCAUAACUAAUGGUACCACGACAGCAAAGUCUCCACCUUUGGAAACGAACUGUUGAAUCAAGGCUGAUUAAUUUUUAUCAAACUGUCAGAGCCAAUGAGGAUUUUUUUUUUUUUGCUGGAAUAUGGCCAGCAUUUGAAUGACUGAUUUUUUUUAUAAUUUAAUUAUUGCUCAAACAUAUAUUUUUUUAUGUUUUUUUAUUUUGCUUCUAGCUGCUGGGGACCAACUUUUGCAUUUUUAUUUUAUUAUUUUUAUUAAUUGGACGCAAUUUAUUGUCUAACAAGCACUGAUGAUUAAUAAUUAGCCUUCAGUGAACUGUGUUUUAUUAAAUUAAUGUACAAAUUUCGAUUAUUGGCUGUAUCUACUAUAAAAAUUAUUGUGACUUUUGGACUUGUCUUGCGCGACAAAUCUGCAUUUUCCUUUUGUACUAAUUUAUUAAUGAUUUUUUUCUUUAUCUUUUGUUUAGUCUUUAUUAUUAGUAUGUAUAAGUUAUUUAAAAGUUAGGCCUUUUAGACUAGAAAUUUUAGGUUUUAUCAAUUCUUUCAAAGUUGCAACGAACCUUAGGUAGGUAGGUAUAACUUUCAUACCAUUAUUUAUUUCGAUUAAAAAUUAUUGCCUAUAUUUUGUUAGUUUUUUUUUUAUAUCUACCUACUGUAUAAUUUUGAGAAAAAUAAUAAGGGUCUAGAACUACAAGAAUAGGAACUCUUUAUUAUAGCCCAGGAGAAAGAUAGUAUUUCGUUAAUAAUCAAAAUUAUGAUCAGCAGUCCAAAUUUUGAAGAUAAAACUACUCACAAUUUGAAUUAUUCUCAACUCUUGAAUUUUGAAUUGCUUUCAUGUAUUCAAGAGCCGGUAACGAUCAAAAUUUGGACUAUAAGCGGCUCUUGAUUCGCUGGAUAAUUUUUCUAGAAGGGAUCAGUAUCCGUUUAUAAUCAAAAUUAUGAUCAGUAUAGUCUAAAUUUUUAAGAUAAAUUACUCACAAUUUGAACGUUGAUAUUUGGAAUUUAUUUAAAGCGGGACGCUCAUUAAAUCGGGACUCGUAGCUCGAAAUCGGGACUGUCCCGCCUAAAUCGGGACGGAUGGUCACUUUAUUGUAAGAUUAUCCACUUUUUGUCAAUUCACCUUUCAACAGAAAUUAGUAAUGUUACUUCAUUAAACUAGUAAUAUAUUGUGAUAAGUUAUUCAAGUACAAACGAGUGGAUUGUUGCGGAACUUAUGAGUGGACCUCUGUGGGACGAGCACAGCGAGUUCCGCAGCCAUCUAUUCAUCAAUAUGUUGUUUAAUUAUGAUACUAACCUGACUCACUCAAAUGUGAGUUAUUCUCAUUAGUUUAAAAACUACAUUGGUUCAGGUUAAUGUUUUACUUAAACAGUUCAGCAGUAUAUUGCUGAGUAGAUGGCUGCGGAACUCGCUGAUGCGGUCGUCCCGCAGAGGUCCACCCAUAAGUUCCGCAACAAUCCACUUAUUUAUACUUGAACAAUAACUUAUUAUAUAAAAUCAAAAUUUGUAAGAUUAUGAUUAUUCACUCUUUAUCAAUUCGCGUUUCAACAGGAAUUAGUAAUGUUACUUUACCAAACUAGUAAUAUAUUGUGACAAGUUAUUCAAAUAUAAAUGAGUGAAUUGUUGCGAAACUUAUGGGUGGAUCUCUGCGGGACGAGCGCAGCGAGUUCCGCAGCCAUCUAUUUAUCAAUAUGUUGUUUAAUUACGAUAUUAACUUGACUCAUUCAAAUGUCAAACAUUAAAAACUACAUGGUUCAGGUGAAUGUCUUACUUGAACAAUUCAGCAGUAUAUUGGUGACUAGAUGACUACUUACUAGACUAGUUUAGAAUUCGUAGACUUUAAACACAAAACUUAUGAUUAUUUCAAUAUCCGUAGAACUUGUUCAGUGUUCAGAUCUGAUCUGGGAACCAAUUCUAGAACAAAAAACUCAGAAUUCAAAGUUUCAAGUCUAUCUACUGAUACUCUGGAGUAGGUGUUUUUAAGGAUUUUUCAAAAGUGAUAACUUGAAUUUUCCAACUUUUGCUGGUAUUAAGUUGGGAAAAAACUUCAUAAUUUGAUUUCUGAACUUCAGAUUGGCUUCAAAUUUGCCUUGUUUGAUGAAAACAGCCAGAUUAAUAAAUCCAGAAAGUUUGAAUUUGAUCUGAUAUUCCGAUAAGGUGAUUUAACAUGAAUUUUCCAAUUUUUUCUGGUAUCAAGUUGGAAAAAACCUCAUAAUUUUAUUUCUGAGGUUCAGAUUGACUUCACAUUUGCCUUGCUUGAUGAAAACAUCCUGGUUAAUAAAUCCUGGAAGUGUGAAUGCCGUCUAUUUUUUGGUUUAGUUGCUUCCACACGGAGUUGUGACCACUCAAAAUGUUGUAAAUUUCUGUAAUGACAGGAAGAAGGUCAUUGUUUUUUUUUUAAACAGGCUCCGAGAGCUUCGACAUAUUUUAUAGAAAUCUGGAAAUUAUGUAGAUUUUCUAGUUGAAAUUAUCAUUAUGUCACACUUGGACUCGUUUUGUCGGUUUGGUAAAGUCAAAAUUACGCACGUUUAUGUGUAAAACUGAACUUACAUUACACAUUUUUGAAUGUUGUUUCUAUUUCAGGCUCUUGAAUUUUCUUUAUUCGGAGAAAUUUAGGAAAGAUUCAAGAGCCGAGAAUUGACAAAAAUUGAGCCAAGAAAACUGACGAUAUGUCACGCUUUCCGGACACGUUUCAGUUAAGGAAGUAGGUAUAUAUUUUCCUGCCUAGGCCAGAAGGUAAAAUACGUCCGGAAAGUAUGUAGGUACUUUUUAAACCAUUGUCGAAAAAAUAGUGUACCUAUUUGGUGUUAAUUUUGGGAUUGGAGCACGUUUGCACCAAGUGACAUUUCUCCAUGUCGAAAUGUCAUUUUAGGGAAUACCUAUAUGGUUAAGACUUCCUUUAAACGGUUGAUGUAAAUGGCCAUAUGUACUUUCUUUUCUAUAUCGAUACUAGUUCCCGAUUCUUGAAUUUGUCUAAAUAAAGAAAACUCGAGAGCCUUUUUUUCUUAAUUUUCCCUGAUCAAUUUUUGUCUAUUCUCGGCUUUUGGUUAAUAAGAUUACUAAAACAUUCCUUUAGUACGUCUAUAAAUAUUCAACUUGUUGUUCAAGUACAAAUGGGUAGAUGGCUGCGGAACUUGGUGUGCUCGUCCCGCAGAGGUCCACCCAUAACUUCCGCAAUAAUCCACUUAUUUGUACUUGAACAAUAACUUAUUAUAUAGAGUCAGAAUUUUAAAGAUUAUCCACUUUUUGUCAAUUCACCUUUCAACAGGAAUUAGUAAUGUUACUUCACCAAACUAAUAUAUUGUGACAAGUUAUUCAAGUACAAAUGAGUGAAUUGUUGCGGAACUUAUGGGUGGACCUCUACGGGACGAGCGCAGCCAUCUACUUAUCAAUAUGUUGUUUAAUUACGAUAUUAACCUGAUUCACUCAAAUGUGAGUUAUUUUUAUUAGUUUAAAAGCAACAUGGUUCAAGUGACUGUCUUAUUUGAUCAGUUCAGCAGUACCUAUAUUGGUGAGUAGAUGGCUGCGGAACUCUUUGCGCUCGUCCCGCAGAGAUCCACCCAUAACUUCCGCAAUAAUCCACUUAUUUGUACUUGAACAAUAACUUUAUUAUAUAAAGUCAGAAUUUGUAAGAUUAUGAUUAUAUUCACUUUUUGUCAAUUCGUCUUUCAACAGGAAUUAGUAUAAUGUUACUUUAUCAAACUAAUAAUAUAUUGUGACAAAGUUAUUCAAGUACAAACGAGUGGAUUGUUGUAGAACUUAUGGGUGGACCCAACCAUCAAUUCACCAAUAUGUUGUUCAAAAUACAAGUACAAUACUAACUUGAUUCACUCAGUUAUGAAUUUUUCUCAUUAGUUCAAAAACUACUAUACGUUUCAGGUGAGUGUUUUUUUUUUGAACAGUUUAACAGUAUAUUGGUGAGUAGAUGGCUGCGGAACUCGCUGCGCUCGUCCCGCAGAGGUUCACCCAUAAGUUCUGCAAUAAUCCCCUUAUUUGUACACGGUGUUUUUUUUACAUAUUGACACCCCACCUACUUACCUUCAUUACCUUUACAGGUAAAACAAAGGUGUAAAUACAAAAGUUGUACAGUUUUGGCUGAAUUUUUAGUGAAAUUUUGCAUGCUUCCAGCCUUUUUCAAAUAGGAUGCCCUAUAUUUCAUUUUAUAUUCUUGAAAAGCACAAUGCCCCGAUUCCAAAAAUAUAUAGUUUGUCUAUAUAUUUGAUUGCAGUCUCUCAUAUAUUCGGCUCCAAAAAUUGUAAAAAUAUUGUCGUACUGCUGAUUUUGUGAACCAUUCUACCUGUACAGGUGAAAGUUGCAGGUAAAAUUUGAGGUAGUUGGUUUCUCUGAUAGUAUUUUUAAAAUUUUUAGAACCAAAUAUGUUGGAGCCGGCUCAACCAUAGACAAAAUAUAUAGUUUUAGAAUUGGAAAAUUGUACUUACUCUUUAAGAAUAUGGAACCAAAUAUAGGACAUCCCAUAGGUAGUGCAUAUUUAAUAGGAAUAUCUCAGUGAAUCUAAUAAACUAUUUCUCAUAAGUA